AGUAGGAGGAGGAGGAGGAGGAGGAGGAGGUUGGGGCAUGUGGUUUGCUCGGGUCUAGGUCUGCUCUUCUGCGCAACCAUCUUCUGCCUGCCAGUCUCCUUCUCCCUCUCCCUCUCCCCUCUCCCCUCUCCCCUCUCCCCCGAGAGGAAGCGAAGCUCCGUCGCAUCUCCAAAUGGCAUUGCAGUUUCAAUCCACCAGCUUCAGCUUCAGCUUCUUCCUCCCGCAAAGGGGGCCUUCCUCAUCCCACAAAUCCAACCACCUCCUCUUCCUUCCUGCUGUUUACGAAGGCCGCCGGCGAUCGAUCGGCGUCGUCUACUCCACUAAUAGCAAAAGCAAUGGCAGCAGCGAUGCCAAGAAGGGAGUGCCCAAUUCUAACUACGUGGUGCCUCUCGACUCGCCUUCCAGCUCAUCCUACAUCACUCGGCCUUUGGUUGAGAUCCUCCGCGACCUGAACAAGCGGAUCCCUGAUAACAUCAUCACCACUCCUCCUCGAUCCUCGUCUUCCAAUUUCAUUCCCUGGUAUCAUGCCAAUCGAAUGUUGAGCUUCUAUGCUCCUGGAUGGUGUGGAGAAGUGCGUGAUGUUAUUUUCUCUGAUAAUGGAAGCGUAACUGUUGUGUACCGUCUCACCAUAAGAGGGUCUGAUGGAGAGGCACACCGUGAGGCAACUGGAACAGUAUCAUCCAGUGAUGGUCGCAUUGUGGAUCCUGUUGCUGCAGCAGAAGAAAUAGCUUUCUGCAAGGCUUGUGCAAGGUUUGGUCUUGGCCUGUAUUUGUAUCAUGAAGAAUAAAUUUCAGAGAGAACUGGAAGGUUGACCUUCCAAAUAUAUCUAGCAUUUUGUCUAUGUUGUUAAGAAUUUGAACAGUACCCAAAGCUCUGCCGUCUGUUGUUGUAAAUAACCAGUAUUAUCAGAUUUUCUAUUUGGUAUGUGGAAGAAAUAUGUUUCAAUGGUUUAUAGACCCAAGUUUCUUUUUGAUAAUUAUAGAACUGAGUUUCUUAAACACAGUUUGAUUAACUUUUA